CGCUUGGUUCUUUGACCCGUUGCUGCAGACAAAACUUCGGCCGCGAGCCAUUGGACAUUCUUCCACCGCACUGCGACGCGCCAUGGCGAAGAAGAAGGCCAAGGGCGAAGCGGGCGAGAGCUCCUCUGCUCCGCCGCCGCCGCCGUCGACGUCGAGCCUGAUCAUCUGCAGGAACAAACACUGGCGGUACAUCUCCAGUUUCCACGGACCAUGGCUUCAACUUCCACCCGAGAUCCUCGACUCGCUCGCCCACCAGAACUGGACCAUGCCUGCCCCGCGCCUAAUCGAUCCCGCCGUCUUCUACGAUAUCGUUAAGAUCCGCAAAGCUGUCGAUCAAGCCUCAGAAGACUCGGUGCGUGCCUCGACGGGCUUGUCUAACACUGCCAUGAACGGCCGCAUGGACUACUUCGGUGCUGGCGGGGGGCCGGGGAGUCAAUUGAGCAAAGAGCGAAUCUUCAAGAUACGGCAAAAGGCUGUGAAGCUGCUGUCAUCGGCUUUCCAGCUCGACGAGGUAGCCGCGAGCGUUGCGACCAUGCAGGCAACGAGCACUGUCGAGGAUGUGGCUCAACAUGUGCUGAAGCGAGAGUCGCACAGUACAGACGCGCGCUACGUGCAUUUCUUCCACGAGAAGAUUCCGAGUCGCGCCAUGGAAGAAUAUACUCCCCUCGAUCCACUCAACGAGAUCAUACAGGCACUGCCUAUGGAAGAGCAGCCUGCUCCGUUGCGAACGCGGGCGCUGGUGCAGAUCUUUAAACAACAAUGGCAAGGCGCUGUGUACGAUCUGACCAUCGCCUUGCGUAUUAUAGAGAACUUACGGCGCAUACACAAGCCCGACCAACAGGAGCUGGAACUGGCGAGCAAGAUGAAGGCCGAGCAGGAAGCAUGGCAGAAGGGACACAGAGACUGGAGAUCAGUACCGCACCUGAAAGAAGAGGAUCAACCGAAGAGCUUGGAGAUGCAACUCUUGUUCAAUCGUGCUGGUGUAUACCUCACUAUUGCUUGUCAGAGCGUGCAUGCCGCUCUGGACGGGCUACAAGAGUAUCAGCAAGCCACUGCAGAAGGUGAGAGCAACGGCGUCGAUCGAAAAGCGCAAGAUGAGAGACUUGCCGCGCGAAAGAUCGUGAAAGUGAACGCAAGGCGCGCCUUGAAGGACUACGAAGCAUUCCUCUCACACUUCGACUACACGCCAGGCCUGCCUUACGAAAUCACAAAUGAGAUCAUGCGAAGGGUCCAUGAUCUGGCGAACGGCAAUAAAACACAAACGACCCUGCCCAAAAGCAGGUUGAUAGAGUUGAAUGAUUCUGGGGAUGAAGUCCACAGCGACAACGCGGAUGAGAAGCUUACGCCAACUUCGAGUUCUAUGAUCAAGCAUCAGAAGCCGAAGUCGGAUCCAUUCGAACGCGGCGAGGAUGGGUGGCCAAAGUUUCCGUCGCCCAAGAUUCAUCCUGCCAGCGCCCUCUUCACUCAGCAGCCUCCAGCAGAUCUUCCUCCUUUUCCCAGUGAGGAGACCAUAGAGGCGAUGCGGAACAACGACAUUCUACAUGAAGCAUUCGGGAGUCGCGAAGCUGUUACAUAUCACCCACUUCUCACCGAUGCGCUGCACUCUUUACUAUUGGCACAUGCGCUUGUUCAGACAAGUCCCACCGAGAUUCUGCGUCACGCCCACAAUGCGGCGCGUCUGGCGAGGAUCGCGGACGGCUAUCCAAUCUUCCAAGCGGCUCGCAGCCCUGCUCGUGCUGACUGGAUUGAAGUGCUUCGCAGAGCAAACAAUUGGCUUGGUCUCAGUGUGCCGUGGCAGAAGCUUUGUGCUCCAGCUCCUCUACCUGACGCCGCCGGCGGUUGGGCAAAAGACACUUCGUCGAAAGCGGUUGCACGGCAGAAAGAACGAAAACAAGAAACUUCGGAGCAAAAGCGAGAGCGCAUAAAACAGGAGUCCAUCAUUGAUGCUCUAUCCGAUGAUCGCGUAGUCGAUGAAGAGUCCUUCCAGCGAGCCGUGCGUGCUAGAGAGCGCAGAGCGAUGGAGGACGAGGAAGGCAUCAGUGGUCCACUCAGAGACAAAGACACCUCCGCGACGCCGUCUACUGGCUCAUCGACACCGACGACGAAUGGUGACAGCUCCGGACCUCCGCCCAAGCGCUGGGCACAAGAUGAGCAUGGCAAGGAGUAUCCCAUUAGUACUGAGCGCGCUGAAGCCAUUGCUCGUUGGAUCAAGGAGAGCCCGCUGAGUAUGGGCGCGAAGAAAAAGAAGCGGCGCGCUGCUGGGCGGAGGACAGGGCAGAAUGGCGUGCAAGCCGCGACGUCUGGGAUAUCUUCUCUGGCUGUCGACGACGAUGACGGGGAUGAUGAUGGUCCCGAUUGAUUUGAUUCUUCCCACGCAGCUCUUCAUUGCAGAGUUGCAGAUGCUUGAGCAUGACUUCAGAGGUCCGAUUGGAGGGCUUCGCAAGUCUUGAGAAAC